AUGAUCACGGACUCUGUAUGCGAGCCCCUGUAUGCAGGCUGUAUGCCAGCCCCUGUAUGCGGGGUGUAUGCGAGCCCCUGUAUGCGGGGUGUAUGCGAGCCCCUGUAUGCGGGCUGUAUGCCAGCCCCUGUAUGCGGGGUGUAUGCGAGCCCCUGUAUGCGGGGUGUAUGCGAGCCCCUGUAUGCAGACUGUAUGCCAGCCCCUGUAUGCGGGGUGUAUGCGAGCCCCUGUAUGCGGGGUGUAUGCGAGCCCCUGUAUGCGGGCUGUAUGCCAGCCCCUGUAUGCGGGGUGUAUGCGAGCCCCUGUAUGCGGGCUGUAUGCCAGCCCCUGUAUGCGGGGUGUAUGCGAGCCCCUGUAUGCGGGCUGUAUGCGAGCCCCUGUAUGCGGGGUGUAUGCCAGCCCCUGUAUGCGGGCUGUAUGCCAGCCCCUGUAUGCGGGGUGUAUGCGAGCCCCUGUAUGCGGGGUGUAUGCCAGCCCCUGUAUGCGGGCUGUAUGCAAGCCCCUGUAUGCGGGGUGUAUGCCAGCCCCUGUAUUCGGGCUAUACGCGAGCCCCUGUAUGUGGACUAUAACUGCAGCAGUGGCAGCACACGCUCCUUACUAAUCGGGCCUCAGCAUCCCGCAGCCCUGGAGGCUGACUUCCGUAAAACAACACAAUUUAGCCAGGAAUGA